CCGCUCGCGGACGGAGUGUUUUUCUGUGAGUCUCGGGAGCGUGUAAAUAGUCGUGACUUUGGCUCCUGUCGUCCGUUUUCUGCUAUGUGAGACGGAGGCUGCAAUAUAAAUCACAAGGGCUGCUGCAAGGCAAGUUUUCACCCAUAUAAGGGUUGUUGUUGCUGUAAAUAUUACGUGUUGUUUGUGCACCGAGGUGCCUCCUUUUCGAUACUUUGUGCCGAAAGUCGUACGGAAACUGGACUGACCUCUAUGCAGAAACGCGACCUUUGCUGUCACCGCCCGAAUCUUGGUUGCUUAUUCGGAGGAGAAAGGACCCCGCUGGCCAGUACCCAUGCACAUGAAACCUUGGAACCACGCACGUGAAACUCUGGAACCAUGCAUGUGAAUUUCAUCUGAUCUGUGGAACCAUGCAUGUGAAAAUUAUCUGAUCUGUGGAACCACACACUUACAUGUUCCUCAGAUCCAUGCACAUGAAAAUCACCUGUUGUUUGGAACCAUGCAUGUGAAACUGAAGUGUUCUCUGGAACCACGCACAUGAAAUGUGUUAUGUUGAAGUCCACACAUGAAACGUGAACUGUUGAAGCACACAGGUGAAACUUGUUCCGCUUAUAAUCCACGCACGUGAAACGGCUAAACCAUGCAUGUGAAACUGACGUGUUUGGUGGAACCACGCAGGUGAAACGUGUUCCAUGGAACCACACCUGUAAAACGUUCUGUCGAAGCACGCACGUGAAACGUGAUCUGUAGAACCACGCCCGUGAAACAGUAAAACCUGAAACCAUGCACGUGAAGCUGACGUGUUCGGUGGAGCUGGACUGCUGUCCGUGCUGCGACUGCGGACAAUGCUGCUGCGGGUCGAGCACGGCGGGAUCGGAACCUCGCGACGCAGGCUCGGAGCUCGGGGAUGGAACAGACGCCGGCGAGCAGACGUACUACCGCAAACAGGCGCAGACCAUCUCGGACUUUGCGGCGGGCUCCACGCUGCACGGCCUGCCGCACAUCUUCCCGGACGCUCCCCUCAGCAUCAGGCAGGUGGCCUGGGCGCUGGCCUUCAUCGGGAGCCUGUCUGUGCUGCUGUAUCAGUGCUCCGACCGAGUCAAGUUCUACUUCCAGUACCCGCACAUCACCAAACUGGACAUGGUGCUGGCCGAGCGGCUCGACUUCCCAGCCAUCACCAUCUGUAACAUGAACAUGUUCCGCUGGAAACAGUUCACGCAGAACGAUCUCUGGCACAUGGGGAAAGGCCUCAAUAUUUUAGAUGAAAAUAAUAACCUUCGCUGCUCUGAAUAUGCAACCCCGGGAGACAUGGAAGCGUUAAAAAACAAGGCAAACUUCGAUUCUUUUAAACCCUCGCCCUUCAGCAUUAUGGAGUUUGCCAACAGAACCGGGCAUCAGAUAGAGUCGUUUCUCUUAGACUGUAAGUGGAAAAAUUUCACCUGUGGGCCGGAAUACUUCACACCUGUGUUCACUAGGUAUGGGAAGUGCUAUACCUUCAACUCCGGGAGUCCGAACCAGCCUGUGCUGAAAACGCUGAAGGGCGGCAUCGGCAACGGGGUGGAGUUUUUCCUCGACGUUCAGCAGGAGGACUACAUGCCUGCAUGGGGAGAGUCAGAUGAAGUAACGUUUGAGGUGGGCUUCAAGAUUCAGCUGCACACGCAAGAAGAGCCACCCUUCAUUCAUGAACUGGGCUUUGGCGUGGGGCCUGGCAUGCAGUAUUACGUUUCAACACAAGAGCAGAGGAUCACCUACCUGCCUGCUCCUUGGGGUCAGUGUAAGGCCGAAAACGACCUGACCUUUGACUUUGCCAAGUACACCACGUCGGCCUGUCGAAUCGACUGUGAGACCAAGUUUGUGGUGAGCCAGUGUGGCUGUAAGAUGGUGCACAUGCCAGGGAACUUCCCCAUCUGCACUCCUGACAUUUAUGUGGAGUGUGCUGACCAAGCCCUCGAUUUUCUGGUGAAGUCUGACAACAAGAAGUGUGUUUGCGACACGCCCUGCAACACAACCCGCUACAACCUGUUUAUGUCCCACGUCAAGUUCCCCAGCGAGCAAGCCGUCAAGUAUCUGGCUAGAAAGUACGGCAAGCCUGAAGACUACUUCAGGAAGAACACUCUGGUGAUGAAUAUCUUCUUCGAGGCGCUAAACUAUGAAACUAUUGAACAGCAAAAGGCCUAUGAGGUAGCCUCCCUGCUGGGUGACAUUGGUGGACAAAUGGGCCUGUUCAUUGGCGCCAGCAUCCUGACUAUUCUGGAGCUCUUCGACUACCUCUAUGAGGUACUGAAGGACAAGUGCACCGAGCGUCGCCACCAGCCACGCUCCGAGUCCAACGCCGUCUCGGUGAACCUGGAGGACUGCAAACGGGACAACAGCCGUGCCCCGCUCAGCUAAACAGGACGACUACAGGACGAUAGUAGCA